GAGCCUCCGGGUCCCGUCCCGGUCCCGCGUCCCGCCGCCAUGACGCUCGCCGUCUUCUUCGGGUGCACCUUUAUCGCCUUCGGGCCAGCCUUCGGCCUCUUCCUCUUCACCAUCGCCCGCGACCCGCUCCGCAUCAUCAUCCUCAUCGCCGGGGCUUUCUUCUGGCUGGUGUCGCUGCUGCUCUCCUCCCUCAUCUGGUUUAUUGCGGUUAAAGCCAGCGACCCCCGGGAUGAGCCCUUGCAGAAGGGGCUCUUGAUAUUUGGGGUGAUGUUCUCUGUGCUGCUGCAGGAGGCCUUCCGCUUCCUCUACUACAAGCUCCUCAGGAAGGCCAUCGAGGGGCUGGUGGCCCUCAGCGAGGACGGCUGCUCCCCCAUUUCCAUCCAGCAAAUGGCAUAUGUGGCUGGUGUGGGAUUUGGGCUCAUGAGUGGCGCCUUCUCCAUGAUCAAUCUGCUGGCAGACGCAUUGGGGCCCGGCACUGUGGGCAUCCAUGGGGAUUCACAGCUCUACUUCCUGACCUCAGCUUUCAUGACCAUGGUGCUGAUUUUCCUUCACACCUUCUGGGGGAUCCUCUUCUUCCAUGGCUGUGAGCAUCGGCGCUGGUGGGAGAUCAUGGUUGUUGUUGUCAUGCACCUUGCUGUUUCGGGGUCGACGUUUUGCAACCCCCUGUACGUGGGCAGCCUGGUGCCCUCCUACCUGCUGAUGGCUGUUGCCGCUGCCUGGGCUUACAUACUCUCGGGGGGAUCUGCCCAGAACCUGCGGCGCUUCUUGCUCUGUCUACAGAGCGGAGCCAGCCCCCAGCCAGGAUCCUGAGGCCCUGUGGGAUGUUCCUGUCCCCAGCCACCCCUGUCCUCCCCUCCAUCCUGGUGGCAAGAGCGGACGUCACCUUCUCUGCAAUAUCUUUCUCUCUGGACUAGGGGACCCUGGCCAGGGCAGGUGCUGGGGUCUGGCUGUGGCAGUCAGCUGACUGGUGUGACUGGGACUAGCUCAAUCCAACACCCCUUUGGGAGCCCCCGGAGAACAGCUUAGUUUUGGGGGAACCCAGCUUUGCUGGCCCCGCCACAAGUGGAGCCCCAGUUAGCCUGCCUGGGAGGGAUGGUACCUUGGACUGCCGGAGGCCUGAGCCCAAAGAUACCCAUUGCUUCUCCCCCCACCGCAAGAGAUGUGCUGUCCCCUGUGCUGGGACAGGGGGCCCGCAUCACCUCCUCUCUGCAGGGUGGAGGAAUCAGCUUUGCAAAGCCCUGCUGUACUCUGGGUUGGGUCUGACCCCUGUGGUGCUACUUUUUCCUCCUCUUUGCCCAGCCUUGCUGCCCUCAGAGCUGUGGCCCCAGUGCUGGCCUGCGGUAGCUACAGUGAGCCAGUGUCCUGGUGCAGGGAAGAUGGUGCUGGGAGGCCUGAGGGAACUGACUGCACCCAGGAUGGGAGGAGCAUGGGGAAAAGGUGGUACCCAAAUGACCCAGCAGAUGCAGAGGGUGGUGGAGAGCUCAGGAGGAGAUGCAACCCCACAGCUGGUGCCGGCACAGCUUGGGAAGGGGAUUCAAGGGGCUGUUCCAGUGGACCAUUGCCCUCUCCUGUGCUUGAAAGGGGAUAUUCAGGCAGGCAUCAACCCUGAUGCUGUGCCACAGGGCUGGGAGGGAGAAACUGCCAUUGGGCUCAGGGCUGAGAAGGCAG